AUGACUUGGCUACCAGCAGACGGUGUUCCCGGCCCCGACCCAACCCUUGCCCUCCCCCGCAUCCUAUGCCUCCAUGGUGGCGGCACCAAUUCACGCAUCUUUCGCGCCCAAUGCCGGGUCAUCAGGUGUCACCUCGAGCAAUCGUUCCGCCUCGUCUUCCCCGACGCCCCCUACAUCAGCAAACCCGGUCCGGACGUGACGUCUGUCUACUCGGAAUGGGGCCCCUUCCGCAGCUGGAUGAAACCGCACCCGGGAGCGGGGAACAACCCCUUCUCCACACCCCCUUACCACGCCAACAACGUGCUAAUGCCGGUGCACGACAGUGAUCCAAGUGAGGUUAUUGACGCCAUUGAUGCGUCUCUGGCCGAAGCCAUGAGGACAGACGAUGAGGCGGGCGCGACGGGCGAGUGGGUUGGCCUGCUCGGCUUCAGCCAGGGUGCCAAGAUAGCCGCAAGCCUACUUUUGAGGGAGCAGGAUCGCAUAGAGCUCUCUGAGUUGACGUACCAGAGCAUGUUGAGGCCCAGCCACGUUCCGAUGUUCCGCUUUGCCGUUCUGCUAGCGGGUAGGGGACCACUCGUCCAGCUGUAUUCAGAUUUCCAGACUUCCUUUAGGAGGGAAAAAGAGGUCCAGGGGCCGAUUUUGCAGCUGCCGACCGUGCAUGUGCAUGGGUUACAAGAUGAGGGCCUAGCUAUGCAUAGAGAUUUGUUAAAUCGCUGCUGUACGGCGGAGACCACCAUGGUGGUGGAGUGGGAUGGGAAUCACCGCGUUCCUAUCAAAACUUGGGACGUAGCUGCUGUUGUUUCAGCGUUAUUAGCCACUUACGAGAAAUUGAGGGCAUUGUAG